GGCAGCUGCGGCUAGUGGUAACCUUAUGUGUCAAAGGGGCCAUCACCACUAGCUGGGAGUCAGAGGGCCCACUAGCGAACCGCUGGGGACACCACAGCAAUCCUCUUUGCCUGCCCCCCCACCACCGCCUUCCUAGAAGCUCUCCCUAAAUAACGACUCUCCACUCCCAGCACUUGCUAGCACCCGGCUCGUCGCCUGCUGCUCUUCGUCCAACACAAGCUCACCGCGGAGGCAGCAGGGAGGUGUCCAAUUUGGGCACUUGAAUCCCGAAAUCCCCGGGGCAGUGGACGCCAGGCAGGGCAAGGCCAUUGGCAUGAAGACCCCCAACACACAGGACGCUGAAGGGCAACAUACCAGGGCAUCUGCAGGAAGGGCCACUGGAUCUGCAAAUAUGACGAAGAAAAGGGCCUCCCAAAAGAAGCAGAGAGGCAGACCAUCCUCUCAGCCCCGCAGGAGCAUCGUGGGCUGCAGAAUUUCACACGGGUGGAAGGAAGGCGAUGAGCCCAUCACCCAGUGGAAAGGAACCGUUCUGGAUCAGGUGCCUAUAAAUCCCUCUCUUUAUCUGGUGAAAUAUGAUGGAAUUGACUGUGUCUAUGGACUGGAACUUCACAGAGAUGAAAGAGUUUUGUCUCUUAAAAUUCUUUCUGACAGGGUAGCAUCAUCUCAAGUUAGUGAUGCAAGCCUGGCCAAUACCAUAAUUGGUAAAGCUGUGGAACAUAUGUUUGAGGGUGAGCAUGGUUCUAAGGAUGAAUGGAGGGGGAUGGUCUUAGCCCAAGCACCUAUCAUGAAAGCCUGGUUUUAUAUUACCUAUGAGAAAGAUCCUGUCUUGUACAUGUACCAGCUUCUAGAUGAUUAUAAAGAAGGAGACCUCCGUAUCAUGCCAGAGUCCAGCGAGUCUCCUCCAGCAGAGAGAGAACCAGGAGGAGUUGUAGAUGGUCUGAUAGGCAAACAUGUGGAAUAUACCAAAGAAGAUGGUUCCAAACGGAUUGGCAUGGUCAUUCACCAAGUAGAAGCCAAACCCUCUGUGUAUUUCAUCAAAUUUGAUGAUGAUUUCCAUAUCUAUGUCUAUGAUUUGGUGAAAAAGUCCUAACUGUUAGGGCAAACUUUGACACAUUUGUGGAAACAAGUGUAUACUUUGUAGACAUGCAAAAUAAUGUUGCUUUUCAGUGUAUUGAAAGCUUAAGGGUCCUUGUUAAUUCAGCAUCUUUGCUAGCAUUACUGUUGUUUUGUUCUGAAAAAUACAAAUUUAUGUGGACAUG